GUUAGGGUUGUUGAUCAUAUGCUAGUAUAUAAGUAAGAUUGCCAUUCUCGUCGGUUUUGCUAGAAGAAAUCGUUAAUUCUCUGUGUUAUAUUUAAAGCAUUUCCUUUUAAUUCCUUAAUUCCUUUACUGAAAUGGCUCGUACUAAGCAAACUGCACGUAAAUCCACUGGUGGUAAGGCUCCCCGUAAGCAACUUGCUUCCAAGGCCGCCCGUAAGGCUGCUCCCGCUACUGGUGGUGUCAAGAAGCCUCAUCGUUAUCGCCCUGGUACCGUCGCUCUUCGUGAAAUUCGUCGUUACCAAAAGUCCACUGAAUUGUUGAUCCGUAAGCUUCCUUUCCAACGUUUGGUUCGUGAAAUUGCUCAAGACUUCAAGACCGACUUGCGUUUCCAAUCCUCUGCUGUUGGUGCCCUUCAAGAAGCCGUCGAAGCUUACCUCGUCUCUCUCUUCGAAGAUACCAAUUUGUGCGCUAUCCACGGUAAGCGUGUUACCAUUCAGCCCAAGGAUAUGCAAUUGGCCCGUCGUCUUCGCGGUGAACGUGCUUAAAGUAGAAGACUUGUAGUUUGAAACGACUUUCUAUUUAUACCCUUUGAUUGCAUCUUACUUUCUUUUCGCGUCCCCUUAUGUUUGAGAAGAUUUCGUCAAAGCUUUAUUAAUGUACAUUUCUUGGUUUGAUGGUUUAAUUUAUGCAUGCUUCUUAUGAAUCUUCGUUUAGCAUUGUAGGUGUAGAAUUUGUAACGUAAAGAUAGGUCUUUUGUACUGAC